AUGGCGAACCGGAUUAUGUAUCGUUCCUACUGGAUCCCUGAAAUGAACGACACCCCCCCAAACAAACUAGGCAGACUUACAGCAUGGCGCGGUCAAGCAUUCCCAAUUGGUGGUCUCAUGAGAUGGAGUCUGGAUUUACCACCCGAGCGAUUGAAGAAUGCUAUGGAGGGGAAGAUGAGGAUGUCUGCCGAAAGAUAUUCUAUGGACCAAAGAGAUUUUAAAGCCGUAAAGCAGACAAUUGAUGCAGCAGUCAAAUACUUCAAAGACGGAAAAUCUCUCAAUUUUACGUCAAUCAAGGUGGAUGAGCUUGACAGUCUUUGGCCGGACGGGGUUACGGCGAUGGAGCAGCUGACAGACUUGGUACAUUGCGAAGAUGACACAAAAGUUCGCCGAAGGUUUUAUCAAGCGUUCGGGAUUGAAAUCUUGGAGAAAGCCCUGAAGCAGAAGGGCAAUGGAAAUCCCACAGCUAGAGAUAUUGAGCAACUGUUAGGCACUGACAAGUACAAAGCUUUGAGAGACACCAUUUCAAGUGCCGCUACCGCUCGUCUACAACAUCAUUUAUCUCUUCCGAUCAGCUUCACUGAACUGGUGCUUUGCCGAAGAGACAAAAAAAAUCAGCAAAAAGCUCAGCAGAUCGUGGCGAUAUUCGGAGCUUACAUGGAAAACAUUCAGCACUUUCCAUUCGUCCCCGAAAAAACCCCAAUGUCUGCACGACUCAAAGAGUUCUUCAAGGUUACAAAUUUUCCAGGAUCAAAAGAUGAAUGGUUCACCAUCAGUCAAACGCAUUGGCACUCUUUCGAAGAGGCUAGGAAUUAUACGCGUACCAUCGGGUUUUCGGAGCACAUCGAGAACACGGAUGAUGAGGAGAUACUUCGGAUAAAUUCCCUAUACGGACGCGAACUGCAAUACCACAAUCUCCUUUGUGUCAAGCACGAAAGCAUGGAAUUCCUUACAGUUGCUACCGCAAUAACACCUGGUACCAUCCUCGGUAUUAUCCCGAAUGAACAUCGCUACCCACAUCCACGGCAGCCAGAAAGACACUGGUUAAGGCUACCAAAAGGUGUAUACUGCGAGCCACUUCCUAGUCCGUUCACUCUCCUUUUUCAGAGAGAGGUUUCGGAAAGUUCGCCUGGUAACAUUUCUCUUGGAUACGAUAGGAUACGAGACCCUUUUACUGGUGUAGCACCCACAUAUCGACUAUUUGCAGUGGCUACAGAGCCUAUCGCCCCACUAGAGCCACUCAUUAUCUGCUGA